CGACGCGACGUAUUUCGCUCGCUCUCAAGUUAUGUAUGACUAAUCGUUUUUUUUAAUGGUAUCUUGAGCAGUUAAUAUUAAGUCUGCAACGAAGUUGAUUAUUCUCCGAAGGUAACAUCGGAUAUCCAAUAAAAUGUGUUUCGUCAUUUAUCUGCAAUCUGAAUUCCCCAAUUUUUGUGCGUAAGCACUUCAGUUUCAAAGUUUUCGGUUCAACAUAGGUCAUAUCGUAACAAAAAUAAUUUUUAAUGAAUACAAAAUAUGUGAAGUUUCUACAUUGUGUUACGUACAAUAUAAUUAGUGCCGAUUAGUCAAGUCGGGAUCGCUGUCAAAAGUGGUUGUAAAUUGUACUUGUGAAUAUUUUGAUUCCUUUGUUAAUGGCGGUCAAUAAUUGUUUUGCUUUGUUGUUGAGCUUGUGCUGUGCUCUGUGUUUCUUCAAUACAAUUGUCGGUGCUAAGGGUGUAAAAUGUAGGACCCCAAGACGCGAAUACGGAAAUUGUGUACCGAUACUCGAAUGCAGGUCCUUAAGAAUACUCUCUGUAAAGGUAAACAGAACAUGCAGGGAAACCAAACUUUUAAAAGAAAGUUAUUGUGGACCUUAUAACUUCAGUUACAAAGUUUGCUGCCCUAGAGAGGAAAUCAAAAGUAUACUAAUAUAUAGAGACAAAGAAGAAAGAACAAGAAGAGGAAAAGCGGAUAAGGGUAUUCUACCGACAACUGAGGAAUGUGGAACAUUAACAUUAUCAAAUCGCAUCUACGGUGGUACUGAAACUGAUAUUGAUGAAUAUCCCUGGAUUGCAUUGAUUUUACUCAGAAAUGAAGGAGACAAAGACAAUUUCUUUUUGAGAUGCUCUGGUUCUCUUAUUAACGAAUACUUUGUUGUCACCGCCGCACAUUGUUUUAAUCAAACAUCAUUAUCGGAUGUUCUAGUUCGCUUGGGUGAAUGGAAUUUGAAUACAGAUCACGGUUGUAAUAAAAAUCGUUGUGAACUACCUCUUCAAGAAAAGGAAAUAGAUGCAAUUAUAAAACAUCCACAGUAUAAGGAAAAAAGCAUGGAUAAUGACGUAGCAUUGUUACGUAUAAAAAAUGGUGUCAAAUUCACUGAAAAUGUACAACCCAUUUGUCUGCCAAUCGAUUAUAGCCAACGUGAUAACUCAUACGAGAAACAGCAAGCCGUUAUCAGCGGUUGGGGAGGCACUGAAAAUGAAGUGUAUAGUCCUAUUAAGUUAAAAACCACGGUUCAUAUAAUACCAGUCGUUCAAAAGCAAAGAAAAGGAAAGAAAGUCCGUUACUAUUGCAAUCAUGUUUUAAUAAGUAACAGCAAAAUGUGUGCUACAGGUGAAGAUCACGAUUCGUGUCCUGCCGAUUCUGGUGGACCGCUAAUGAUCACAGAAAAUGUAAAUGGAAGAACAAAUUGGUAUCUAAUCGGCAUAAUUUCAUACAGCGGCUUGGAACAAAAAUGUGGAAGUGAAAAUUCCAUUGGAAUUUACGCACGUGUUGGUUCAUUUAUUGAUUGGAUAGUGCACGCCAUAAAAAAUACUUGAUUUGUGUGAUCAAAUCAGAUUCUUUAGAUUUCUACCACUAGAAGGGGAAAAAUAAAUAUCGUUUCUAAGCUAGGGAAAGAGAAUUCGUCAAAUACGAAGCAAUUAUGGAAGGCGUGGAAGGUCAUUCCUAUCGAGAAAUACAAGCGUUUAGUGGACUCCAUGCCUAGGAGAUGCGCAGCUGUGUUUUCCAACGACGGUCAUUCCACGAAAUACUAAUUGUUUAAACUUUACUUUAUAUUAUUAUAUUGAAUUAAUUGAUUUUUGAUGUAAAAUCCUCAAUACUGCUAUUAUUAAUCACAGCUGAAAUUCUCAUUUACAAACUUUUCUUUUUAUUUAAAGAAGAACUUUAACUUAUGCUUUAAAGAAAA